UCCUCUGCUCUUUCACUGUGUUCACCCUCAGUGUGCAGUUCACUGUCCGUGCUGUUGUUAUCUAACAGCGGCGGAGACAUUAAAGGGUCAUGCCACUCAAUGUCGUGUUGAACGGUCCGGCCCCCUGGGGGUUUCGCCUGAUGGGAGGAAAGGACUUCAACCAGCCUCUGACCAUCUCCAGGAUCACCCCCGGCAGUAAGGCUUCCAUGGCCAACUUGUGCGCUGGUGACGUCAUCCUGGCCAUCGAGGGAGUCCCCGCCACAGACAUGCUGCACUGUGAAGCCCAGAACAAGAUAAAGGAGUCCACCAGUCAGCUCUGUCUCACAGUUGAAAGGAAUGAUUCAAGACUGUGGUCCCCUCGUGUUGUGGAGGAAGGCAGAGCUCACCCAUUUAAACUCAACCUAGAAGCAGAACAACAGGAGUAUAAACCUAUUGGCACCGGACACAACCGGAAAGCUCAGCCCUUUGUUGCGGCAGCGAACAUCGAUGAUAAGCGUCAGGUGGUCAGUACGGCCUACAAUACUCCUAUAGGCCUGUACUCCUCAGGCAAUAUCCAGGACGCCAUGGAGGGCCAGAUCCGAGGCAUUGUCCCGCAGAAGCCUGAGAGCCCCAGGACUCUGACCAGCAUCGAGGAUUCUGAUGUGUACCGGAUGUUGCAGAAAGACCAGGAGGAGCCCCAGGAGCCUCGACAGUCUGGCUCCUUCAAAGCCCUGCAGGAUUUUAUUGACAGUGAUGGCACUCGUCCCAUUGUGACCAGGACAGUAAAAGCCCCCAUGACCAAACCGACUCCGCCCACAGGAAACCUGCAGAAACUGCCCGUCUGCGACAAGUGUGGGAAUGGGAUUGUUGGCACAGUGGUGAAAGCACGGGACAAAUAUCGUCACCCUGGCUGCUUUGUUUGCUCCGACUGUGACGUCAACCUCAAACAGAAGGGCUAUUUCUUCGUGGAGGGGCAGCUGUACUGUGAGACUCACGCUCGGGCCAGAAUGAGACCACCGGAGGGACAUGACCUCAUCACAACUUAUCCAUCUGCAUAGAUUCCCCUCCGACAAGCACAGACACAAGCACUUACACAUGCAGGCACACACACACACACACACACACACACAAACAGACACACACUUCAGCACACACUCCUAUGUCCUACGUCUGUUUAAGUGAUCAUAUGCACUUUGAAGUUGUCUGUGUGCAAUAACAUUUCAGCAAGAAUACACUUUUCUCUGAACAUAACCGUAUGCUGUGUUGACCUGUAAGGCAUUUCUGUGUAGGAACAUUUCGCAGGUGAUAAUCUAACAGACGUGUUGUUUAAAGAGCCCAGCAGAAGGGACUGCAAAACAUGCCACUUUAUUUCUUGCCAGUUUCUCACAAUUUGAUGUCUUUCCAAUAAAGACCCCCUGUUCAUAGUGUAAGAUGAUGUGUAUGUGGAGUCUUGAGACGAAAAGCACCCCCCUUAAAAGGAGCUAUUUGUAAGUUUUGCUAUUGCUACAUAGCCAACAUUAGCAUUAACAUACUGUUUACUUAUCAGUCUAGAAGAAAUGUUGUGAGUUCGGCAUCAAACUUCAUUACUUUACUUUCCAAGAGCUGUCUCCAGAGGUGGAAAGCAACCCCCUUGUUAAAUUUUAUCAGUUGUACUGAAGAUUGCAUGCUAACCAGCUAGGUUAGCUAGCUAGAUUGCCUGGACUGUCUCUUCACUUUCCGAUACUGAGUCACUGUAGCGUCCAGUCUCCCCUGAAGAAGUUUUCUAACACCAUUAUUAAGUCAUAAUUUCAAUUUGUCAAAUACUAUUUCAACACUUAUAGCAUUCCCAUCAGCACCAGCUGUGGGCUACUGUGUGUUUAGUGAUAAUUAGCAAAUUAGCAUAAGAACACACUAAACUAAGAUGUGAACAUGGUAAACAUACUUAAGAUGAGCAUGUUAGCGGUUUCAUAUUGAGGAGUUUUAGACACUAGAGUCAGUACGUACAGCCUCACAGAGCUGCUAGCACAACUGUAGACUGUUUAGUCUUGUUUAAUAUGAGACAUGCACCUACUGGAGGCCAGGAAUGUGGCUGUUGAGUGUUGACAGUUUCACUAGCUUCAAAACUGUGUUAUUAUUUGUUUGUGAAGUUCAGCUGUGCAAGCUUAUUUAUCCAUAUAAAGGCUUAUCUUGGCUGAAAUGUGUGUUUGGGACAUGCUGAAAUUCCAAGUGUAUAUUAUGCUGUUUCCAAGGAUGUUUUGAUGCAUUUGAUCCAACACAACAAAACUGUGACCAUUAGCCUUUUUAGCCAGAAGGCAUUUUGAUACAUCACAGUAGGACAAGUACAGAUUCAUACUAAAAUCAACGAUGGCUGAAUUCAGUUUAGCUGCUUCAGUUUUUAGGAUCCUGGUAUUGUGCAUGCUGGCUCAUUCCCACACGCAUUGUCAUGCUUUACUGGGAUUUGAGUGAGAUCCAUCCUUAAUGUUCUUAUAACACCUGUGCUCAAAAUGUCAGCUGUGAAAAGUAAAGCUUGUGGUCAACUUUUUAACACUACACAACAUUUUUAAAGGAUUUUUUUUGGAUGAACAGUUACAUUAUUUUUCCUGUAAAAUACUUCCAAUAUACAGCAAAUCACAAAAAAGCUGAAUACAUUCGGUCUGUUACAUCCAUUUUCUUGUGCUGGAUAUAAGGGCCCUGCACACCCAUAGUGGACCCACACAGGUGUUUUCACUUAUUGUGGAUGGUAAGACCACAGUGACUCAGCCCACCUUCUACCUGAGCAGCGGCCUAAUCAGCACCACAAGUGCAAACACCUGUGUGGGUGUGGGAGACUGAAGUGGUUCAUCUGAGGUCCAACAUGCAAACACUGGGGGGGGGGUGUGUGUUUCUGGGUAUAUCCGGUGUGUUUGUAGAGCAACUGACAAUCAAUUUGUCCAACAGGUCCAAACAGGUCGCCUUUACUGAGUGAGUAAAUACAGUUGAAAAAUGUGUGUGUGUGUGUGUAGUUAGUCAUCCGUUCUUUUUAAAGGAAACAACAUCAGUACUGGCCAGCUGCCACAGAGACACCACACACAGCAAUGUAUUAGACCAAUACUGGAGUCCCAGCACACACAUUUCUGAACAUUGGAGCCCUGAUCAAGCCAGUCAUGUCAAGGUAAGAGAUAAGAGAGAGUACUGGCUGAUGUAAUAUACCUCCUAGUAACACCAGUAUUGAUUUGUAGUCCUUGGUAAAAGACUAGCUUCCGACAGAAGGUCCUGUAAUUUUUACUGUUUAAAAAGAAUUAAAAAAAAUAAAAAUUGAACAGCAUCCAUUAAACAAUUGAAACAAGAAUCUAAAUUGAAAUGGCAUAACAUACUUUAAAGUUCCAGUUUGAAUUAAAUGUUGGCUUGAUCAUUCACCCUUUCAUAACUUUAAUUAAACGGUGUAUAAAGGAAGGGCCGUAGGGAUAAAAUGUCCCUGCUACAGACAGUUACACAACUGAGUCUGCUUAGGCCGAGGAACAAAAGGUGAAUGGGUCCAUCAUUACUCACACACGUUUCCGUUUUUCACUACACAACUUUAUUCUAAAGUCCAGAAAUGAUCAAAUUCCAGUUUUCAAUAUGUGAGGUUGAAACCGAGAGCAAUGAUCCACAAAAUCAGCGUGUUUCUAUUUGAUGUUAUGGUACAGUCAUUGAAAAACAUUGCAUCAGGGUAGUAGCCAAUACAAGCAUCUGCAAUGAAGUGUUCAAACAGUCAGAGAAAAUCCAUAUGAUAUUAUUAUACAGUGAUGAAAAAUCAACCUUCUGCCAGUUACCAUACAUGUCUCCAGUGACUGUGUAUCCAGCGAUUCAACGUUGGAUAUAGAUGAUAAUAUUAAAUAAUAGGAUUAAUCCUAUAAACAGAGGAAUCAUUACUAUAAUUAAUUCAGUCCACUGUGAAUAUGACAAUUAGAAGAAUGGUAAGAUCCUAGUGAGACACUGGAGGGAGCUACAGCAUCGUUCUUCAGCUCUUUCACCAUCCGACAACAGAACAAAGUGCAGUCACACUGAGGUAUUGAGUUGUAUGUUUUGAGGUCAGGAAAUGUCUACAGUCUGUACCAGGUAUUUAUUGUAUACAUGUAUAUGGUGAGUUCAGACUAAUGCUGAAUAUAAAGAUCAUUUUGACUCUU